AUGCCGCGCUGGCCGAAGCCUGGACCAGAUGACGCUUCGAAACUGGAGUCCAGUGACGAUUUAAGAUCCAAACAAGGUGCAGCUCUAGAACUACAAACGGGUUACAACUCAAACGUCAUCUACGGUACUGGUAGUGGUGGUGGUGGUGGUGGUGGCACUGAUUAUGAGUAUAGUGGUGGUAGGGGAUAUGCAUCAGUUAAUGAAUUGAAAGUGCCUUUGUUCCCGCAAAAUGCGUUCAUUAAUGGUGUAGUUGGGUUUGUUGUGGAGGCAAUGGCAGAUCGAGUUGUCCUGGUAACGGAAGCUACCCACUUGAUAUACAAGAAUGCGGAGAGUGUCAGCAUCACCGCUGUGGCUGGUGCUUGA